AUCUAUGUUUUUAAAACCCCAAGCUGAGCGAGUAGCAACAGACAGUGUAAGCGUUUGAGAGCCUGAACACUCCAAACACUCUACCAGCAUCAACAAAAUGGGACCAAAAAGCAAAACGAAGAAGACGGAUCUUCUACAAACCCUCGGCGACUUCACCAGCAAAGAUAAUUGGGACAAUUUCUUCACCAUCCGCCCCGACUCUUUCGAAUGGUACGCCGAAUGGCCUCACCUAAGGGAUCCACUCAUCUCCCUCCUCCAAACCCUAACUCCUCUUCCGUCGUCUCUUCCUAUCCUCGUCCCCGCUUGCGGCAACUCUCGCCUCUCCGAACACCUCUACGACGCCGGCUACACUUCGAUCACUAACGUUGAUUUCUCCAAAGUUGUUAUUUCCAAUAUGCUCCGAAGUAACAUCCGUGCUCGGCCUCUCAUGCGGUGGCGUGUCAUGGACAUCACCGCCAUGCAGUUUGAAGAUGAGUCUUUCGGUGCUGUUAUUGAUAAAGGUGGAUUGGAUGCAUUGAUGGAGCCAGAGCUUGGUCCUAGUUUGGGAAAUCAGUAUCUCUCUGAGGUCAAGAGAGUUUUAAAGCCUGGGGGAAAGUUUGUGUGCCUUACCUUGGCCGAACCUCAUGUACUCGAUAUACUUUUCUCAAAGUUUCGACUUGGGUGGAAAAUGAGUGUUGAUGCCAUACCUUUGGACCCUUCUAGCAAACUUCAAACAUUUAUGGUGGUUGUGGAGAAGGAGCUGUCGACUACAGUACACCAGAUUACAUCGUUACUUCAUAAUACUUCCCUUCAUUGUAAUUCAAAACAGGCUUUGGGACUUCGUGAGUUUCUUCAAAAUGAGAACCAAGUUCGUGAAAAAUUAUCCAGUAGCUCUGAUAAAUUAUACUCUAUGGAAGAUGUGCAAGAGGAUUUGACAAAAAUUUCCCAAGGUCGGCGGUUGCAACUGACAUUGGGUGGCCAAGGAUGCUCUGUUUUCUCUUAUAGAGCCGUAGUUCUUGACGCUGAAGAACAGUCUGACCCAUUUACAUAUCACUGCGGGGUUUUCAUUGUGCCUAAGAUCCGUGCUCCUGAAUGGCUCUUCUUUUCUGAAGAAGGACAAUGGAUGGUGGUCAGAAGCUCUAAAGCAGCUCGUCUCAUAAUGGUUUUCUUGGACACCAGCCAUACUAAUGCCACCAUGGAUGAGAUUAAGAAGGACUUGUCUCCACUGGUUAAACAAUUGGAACCUAAUGAAAAUGACAGUGGAGCUCAAAUACCUUUCUUGAUGGCAAGUGAUGGGAUCAAGAAGCGAAAUAUUGUUCACCAGACCACAUCUCCAUUAACUGGAUCAAUUAUUGUUGAAGAUGUAGUUUAUGAAAAUGUUGACAGUGAAGUCAGUUGUAUCUUUCCUUCUCAAGAGUUGAUGUUUCGACGCCUUGUAUUUGAAAGAGCUGCAAAUUUGGUCCAGUCUGAAACUUUGCUAAUAGAUGAACAUUCUACAAAAUUGGUUGGUGAGACAGUGAAGAGGAAAGCCAACUCAUCCUCUAAAUCUAAGAAAGGAGCAGAUAACCAGUUGACUGUCUAUCAUGGCUAUGUAGCUAGUUCUUAUCAUUCAGGGAUUAUUUCAGGAUUCACGUUAAUAUCCUCUUACAUGGAAAAUGUUGCAUCAAGUGGGAAAACGGUAAAAGCUGUAAUCAUAGGUCUUGGAGCAGGUUUACUUCCCAUGUUUCUUCACAGUUGUAUCCCUGUUUUGGAAAUCGAGGCAGUAGAGUUAGACCCUGUAGUUGCUCAUAUUGCAAGGGAAUACUUCAGUUUUGUUGAGGAUAAACGCUUAAAGGUGCAUAUAGCUGAUGGGAUUCAAUUUAUUCGAGAGAGUACUAGUUCUGGAGCAAAUGGUAGUUCAACUACUUCUCAUGCAGAAGGUGUAGAAGAUACAAAAGUUGAUAUAAUUAUUGUUGAUGCUGACUCUUCAGACCCAAGCUCUGGACUGGCAUGCCCCGCCCCGGAUUUUCUGGAAGAAUCUUUUCUUGAGACUGUAAAGGAAAAACUUUCAGAGGAAGGUCUCUUUGUUGUCAAUUUGGUGUCGCGGUCCCAAGCCAUCAAGGAAACGGCUCUCUUGAAAAUGAAAAAGGUCUUCAGCCAUGUCUUUUGCCUCCAAUUUGACGAGGAUGUAAAUGAGAUUCAUUUUGCUCUUAAAUCAGAGUCAUGUAUUGAGGAUAACAGCUUUUCGGAAGCAUCUCUCAAACUUGAGAAAUUGUUGAAGUUCAAUCACCCUGAGAUAGGUCAGAAGAUUAUUAAUGCUACAAAGAACAUCAGACGUUUGAAGUGAAGCACAGCUACCCUUCCUACUGAUUGGGAUAACUAUUUUCUGGGAAACUGUUGUCAUCAAGAACUGUUUAGCUCGCCAGAAUAAAAUGUUCCUGAAAAUUAUUUUCAAGAUGUCUGUGUAUAAAUUAUUGUGCCCUGGUUUCGGAAGAUGAAUGUUUAAGUUAUUUUUCUGGAUUUUGCGAGUGUCCUGUGUGUGUUAUUAGCAAGCCUCAAUGUAGUAGUUUUACAUGAAUGUUUCUGAUGGUAGGGAUAUACAAAGGAAAAAUAAACAGUUUUUACUAUGCACGUUUUCAUAUUGUCAAGAAAAAACUAGUCGGAUGAUUUUAAGAUAAUGUUGGUUGGCAUUA